AUGCUAAAGGUAAAUAGCAAUAGUAUAAGCAAUAUUAGUGGGGAUAAUAGUGGUAACAAUCAUGAUAAUGAAAAAGGUGACUCAAAUAAUAAGGGAGAAAAUUCACCCAUAUCAAAAGAGGAAAUGACGGAUGAAAAAAAAGAGAGGGAAAAAAAAUAUAUGGAACUUAAAAAAAAGUUAGACCUUUUAAAAUUAAAAAAAAAACUCGCCAACAACGAAAAUAGAAAUUCAUUAAAACAAAAUGAUGAAUCAUACAAUAAUAAUAUAAAUAAAAGUGAACAAAAUAGUAGUGCAGAAAAAAAAGAAACAUUAAUAAAAGAUAAGGAAAAAAUGCGAGAAACAUUAAAAAAAAAAUUAGAAAAAUUAAAAAGGGAAAACGAAUUAUAUAAUUAUGAAAAACAACAAAAAAAAGACGAAUAUAAUCAUAAUAGAGAUAGUAAUAGUAGUGAUUAUACAAAACAAAAAAAACACAAAAAAAAAAGACGCAGUAGUACCAAUGAAAAUAGUGAUAGUUAUCAUGAUAAAAAUAAAUAUAAAUAUGAUGAUAAUAAAAGAGGGCAUGAAAAAUAUCGAAAAACGGCAAUGAGAUCUUCAUAUGGCUCGACAUCUAUAAGUAAUGAUAGAAUGUUAAAUAAAAAAAGAAGAGACAACUCACCAAGUAGUCAUUCUUUUAGGAAAAAAGACAAACCCCAUCGAAAAAGAAGUCGUACUCGCAGCAGCUCCCGUAGUCAUAGCAACAGGAAAGGGGGAAGAGGCAAACGACGAAGAAGCACAUACAGCAAUAGUAGUGGGGAGAGCAAAUGGAGAAUGCGACGAGUUAGUAGAAACAGAAAAGAUGGAAGGAAAAAUUAUGAUCAUAGCAAAGGCUAUGACAAUAGACGAAGUUAUAAUAGAUACAAACGUUCCGAAUCACGCUAUUAUAGUAGCGACAAUGACUUUCACAAAAAUAAAAAACGUGAUUUAUAUGACGAUAGGCAUUCAAAUUAUAAAAGGGGAGAAAAAAGUAGCUAUAAAUAUUUAUAUAAUAAAAAAAACGGCGAAAAAAUUGAAAAAAAAUAUCAUCGUCUCCCUCUGGGUCAUUAUGCAGAUAAAGAGAGUUGGAAUGAUUAUACUAAUUGGCUACAAAAAAAAAAUAAAUAUAGAUUUGAUUUGCCUUUUGAUCAACAUAAAAUAUAUAGACGAUCUCAGUCUCUAUCUCCAACAACAUGGGAAAAUAUUUUGGAAAAUUCCGUGAGUAAAGAUAGCGAUCAAAAUGAAAAACAUAAGAAAAAAUCAACAGAUGAUAAAAAAGAGAAAAAAAAAAAAAAAAAAAAAAAAAUAUAA